UUUCCUGCUCACUUUGACCGGUACUCCCAAUGUUCUACUCAGCCUUCUUGAUCCCUCUGGUUCUGAUCGCCCUACGACGCUCUCCACCCGUUGAAGCUGCCGACGUCGUCAGAGAUCUGACCAUCCAGAAUGCCCAGCUAGCUCCUAAUGGUGUUAGUCGCUCAACCGUGACUGCUGAAGGGCAGUUUCCAGGACCACUUAUCUCUGGCAAUUUCGGCGACCGCUUCCUGGUCAGGGUUACAGAUAAACUAACCGACCCGACAAUGAGAAGGGCAACUUCGAUUCACUGGCAUGGAAUGUUCCAACAUCAUACUCCAGAGUCAGACGGACCUGCCUUCGUUACUCAAUGUCCAAUCGUGCCGGAUCAUAGUUUCUUGUAUAAUUUCAGCGUCCCAGACCAAACUGGAACAUACUGGUAUCAUUCUCAUCUCUCCACUCAAUACUGCGAUGGUUUGCGUGGGCCGCUGGUCAUCUACGACCCAAACGAUCCUCACGCUGGACUGUACGAUGUUGAUGACGAGUCUACAAUCGUAUUGAUUUCGGAUUGGUACAAUACGAUUGCACCAGUCCUUUUCCCCAACCCAACUAACGGCACUCCCGUCCCAGAUUCCACUGUGAUAAACGGGAAAGGCCGUUCAAGCGCCGGCGGUGAUCUUGCUGUUGUACGCGCACAGCCAGGAAAACGUCACCGAUUGAGGCUUAUCGCUGCGAGCUGUUUCCCCUCAUUCACAGUUUCGCUUGAUGGUCAUAAAAUGACUGUUAUUGAAGCGGACGGCGAAGAAACGGAACCAGUUACGGUUGAUUCUCUGAACAUCUUCGCGGCUCAGCGUUAUUCGGUCGUGGUGGAAAUGGAUCAGCCUGUUGACAAUUACUGGAUCAGGGCGGUUCCAUCGUCACCGGCAGGAUCAACCACGGACGGUGGUAUCAAUUCAGCCAUCCUGCGUUAUGACGGUGCCCCAGACGCCGAACCGACGACAAAUGCAACAGCAAAUCCCGUCGUACUGAAUGAGGCGGAUCUCCAUCCCAUUAAGAAUCCGGGUGCUCCCGGCCUGCCAUUCGUCGGUGGCGCAGACCUUGCGCUGCAGAUGCAAAUUAGUCGCCCAGAUGGCCAAUUUGAAAUUAACGGUGUUCCCUUCAAUCCUCCAUCUGUGCCCGUUCUGCUUCAGAUUCUUUCCGGAACGACGAACGCAAACCAGCUUCUGCCCCCAGGUUCUGUAUACAAUCUUCCUCGAAACAAAGUCGUUGAGAUCAACUUCCCUGGAGGCGGGAACCAUCCCAUUCAUUUGCAUGGCCAUGCGUUCGACGUGAUUCGCGUGUCAGGCAACUCGUCUUAUAACUUUGUCAAUCCUGUCCGCCGCGAUGUAGUUAGCAUUGGAGGCGGUACAGACAACGUGACAUUCCGCUUCAUGACGGAUAAUCCUGGACCCUGGUUCCUCCACUGUCACAUUAACUGGCACUUGGAAGGAGGAUUGGCUGUCGUACUCGCUGAAGCUGCAGAGGACAUCCCUUCAUUUGACCCGGCUGGUCCUGAUUGGCUGGGACUGUGUCCAGACUAUGCGAAUCUCAACCCGGAUACUAACUUGACGAACCCAGUCGCGUGA